AUGAUAGCCUCAUUAAGUUUAGUCGUAUUAAAUUUAGCUAUACCAAUUCUAAUGAUAUUUACUUCAUUUCGUAAUAUUGUAAAUUUUUAUUUAUCAAGUACAGCUUUAUCAAGUUCAUUAAUUAAUUGUUUAUAUCUAUUUUAUCUUAUUCAAACAUUUCGUUCAAAAAUUCUUUCAGAAAUGAAUUGUCGAGCAAUAUAUUAUUUGCAAACUUCGUGUAUUGUUAUACUCGCUUAUACGAUAGUUGCAAUUCAUGCAAAUUUUAUUCUAUGUUUAUUUCCAUCAUCAUCCGAUCAAAAUGAUUCAAAUCGGACAUGUUUUAAAUCAUGUGGUCGUUGUUUACGACGAUUUUUUCGUCGAUUUACUUUGUGUUGUGUUCUAUGUGUAUGGUCAUUUUCAUUUACAACUACAAUACCAUUACUUUAUUCAAUUGAUUCAAAUGAAAAAUCACCUAAACCUGUUUAUUGUCCUGGUACAACACAAAUAAGUUAUCUUGAAGAAUUAUUUAAUCGUAAUCGUUUUAUACAAACUAUUUUAUUUAAUUUAAUACCUUUAUUAAUGAAUAUAUUUUUAUCAUUAAUUGCUUUAUUAAAAUUAUUAUAUGAUUGUCUUGUUUAUUUAUAUUCACGUUUAAAAAUGUCAAAUUGUUCAUCAUGUCUUAAAAAACCUUCUUCAUAUCAACAACAACAGCAAGCAAUGUCUAAAUCAAUGCCAUUGUUAUCGUCACUUGAUGCUAUGGAUUGUAAUAAUAUACAAUGUGAUAUUAAUUCAGUACAAAUUAUAGAAACAACAGCACCAACUAAUGAAUUAAUUGUAUCAUCAUCAAAUUUAACAAUACAAUCCUGUGGAUAUUGGUUAUCAAAAUCAUUUCUUCGAUUUUUACUUGUAUUAUCAUCAUGUUUACUAGCAUGUAUUUAUCCAAUUGUUAUGCGGUUUUAUCUUAUCUAUUUUUCUGUUCUUGUCCCAUUGAUAUUCGCUGUACUGAAUUAUUCUUUGGGACAAUUAACAUCAACACAGCAACAAACAAUUGCUGAAAACCAUACCACAUCUAUAACAAUUCCAUCAGCAACAUCUCAUACUGAUACACAAAAUUCUGUGAAUAUGAAUAUUACUGAAGCACUGCAAACAACAACAUAUAUAAAACGACAAAUAGAUAAUUCUUCAAAUGAACAAUUUGAAUUACAAUCACCAUUAAUAGCAAAUUUAUUAAAUGAACGAGAUGAAUCAUUUAUAACAUUAUCAAAUUCAUCACCAACAUCAACAACAUUGUCUACUGAUCAUCGAUCAAUAAUAGGAGAGAAACAAAAAUAUUUUUCCAAUCGUUUAUAUGAAAAUACUAGAAAUAUGUUUCUAAGAGAAAAUAAUUAA